CGGCGACUCCCUCAGUGCCACCUUCGCCUCCGAGUCAGUGAGUCAGCUGGCGGCCCUGUUUAUAUUUCCCGGACUUCUUCAGUAACUCGUGACUCGGGAGGCGAGGCCCAAGAGACGCAGGUAGAACAAAAAGGCCAUUCAUAUAGUUGGUAUCAGACAGAAGAGGAAAUAUGGACGGCAUGUCGUCAUACCAGAGCGGUGGAGGCCGCAGUCAAGAGCUACAGAAAUUUUCACACAGUAUCGGUACAAAUAUCCAGAAAAUCUCUCAAAAUGUUAAGUCCAUGCAGCAGUUGGUCAACCAGCUUGGCACAGACCAAGACAACCAGCAGCUCCGAGCACAGCUGCAUCAGGUUCAACACUACACAGGAGGCUUGGCCAAAGACACGACAGUAGAAUUACGGCAGUUCCAGUCCCUCUCGGUGCCACACGGCCAGGAUGCUCGAACGUGGCGCAUGCAAGCUGAGCGUCUGACGCGGGAAUUCACACAGGCACUGAAUGAUUUCCAAGCAGCCCAGCGGCAAGCAGCAGCCAAAGAGAAAGAGGCACUGAAGAAGGCACGAGCAGAUUCAGAUGCCCAUUUCUUUGAGGACCCCAGCCAUGGCGCAGCUCUCUUGGACCUCGGAGACACACACAACAAAGGCUCGUCGCAACAGAGUCAGGUGCAAAUACAGAUGGAGCAAGAGCAGGAACUCAGGGCUCUGCAGGAACGCGAGGGACAGAUUCGUCAGCUGGAGUCGGACAUCAUGGACGUUAACCAGAUCUUCAAGGACCUGGCCACAAUGGUUCACGAGCAGGGAGAGGUCAUUGACUCCAUCGAGGCCAACGUGGAAUCGGCGCAGGUCCAUGUCUCACAAGGGGCGGGACAGCUCCAGCAGGCACGGCAAUACCAGAACAAAGCACGUAGAAAGAAGAUUUGCAUCAUUGCUAUUGUUAUAGUGGUAUUGGCCAUUGUUAUUGGACUCAUUGCCUGGUCUGCGUCUUAAAGGACAAGUCCAGAAGGAAGGUGGUCCUCCUCACGCUAGUUUGCAUCAUGAUUGCCCUCGUCAUCGGCCUCAUAAUUUGGGCCAGCAACUAGAGCAGAAAGUUGAUGCAGAGGAGGCACCCUUGGGGUGACACGAGGGCCGCACAGGAGGGAGAGGUUCCUCAUCCUGAAGCAGCGAGCAUUGACUCCCUGAGUUCGGCGAUGAUAUUGCUAAUGGGUUCAUCACUAAUGUUGUUAUUAAAAGAGAAGUGGCCUUGUUGAGAGGAUUAGUCACAAUGUGUUAAGCACCUCCACCACAUCCUCAAUGUUUUAUCUGAUAGAGGGACAUAUAUAACUUCAUCUCUGCUGUGGAUAUAUUAAAAUGUAGCUGCUUUUUGGGCUGGAAAUUUAAAUACCAUACUGUUCUGAUAUUUUGUACAUGUUGCCAAAGAAGAAUUACUGCUUUUCCUUUUUUAAAAACUAUUUUUAGAUGUGUUAACCAAGUCAGGAUUGGGUAAUGGCAUUUCCAUCAUUGUUGUAUCUGGAAAUUAUAGAAAAGUACAAUGUCAUUGCAUUGUAAAGCAGUCAGUAAAUUGUGUAGGGAGGGUAGGGAAGCUGGAGUUAUUUAUGUUGAAGAACAUUGGUGUUGAUGACUUUAAUUCACCCAACUGUCAAGAAUGCAGCAGUAAGAUGUGACGGUAUAGUAGAGGUAGAAAUAAUGCAUUAUGUCGAAAGCUGUUAUUUAAUUAGAUGUGAACCGGUUGAGAAAUUACUUGGGAUCUUGUGUUAUUCAGAUGAAAUUGAAUUUCAGAGAUUGGUCACUUGAUUAGUACAGUUGUCAUGUAUUUCAUACCAUAGUCAUUUGUAAUGGUGAUCAUCAUUACAGAAUUGUUUAUUGACUAUAAUGGGAAUAUGUUUGAAAUGGCACUUUUCUAAAUGGUAAAUCAAAUUAUGGGGUACGAAGGGGUCUUCAAAUCCUUUGUCAGUUGAGAUCAUGCUGCAAUUUUUUAUUAUUAUUAUCAUCAUUGUAUUUACCCUUCCAAAUAAGCUUACAAGACAGAUUUUGGUCCUCGGUAUUACCAUCAAGCAGAGUCUGGUUGGGUUAAUUCAUACCAUUACCAGUCCUGCUGUUGAGAGGAUUAGUCUCAACAUAUAUUUUAGCUUGCUUGAGUCACCUGUGCUGAGUUUUGCGUUUGGACUGUUGCUAGCCAAAUGUGAUUUUUUUUUUUCUUUCUUUUUUUUCUUUUUUUUUUUUCUUUUUUUUUUCUUUUUCUUUUUUUAUGUGGGAUGUAAAUGAUCUGAUAAAAAUUAUUUUCUAUUUGUCCUUUGUUCUUGUACAUAUAUAAUCUGAUUGUCAAUUGUGAUAUUUGUUAUUUUCAGUCAAAUUAAUAUAUUUGUAUAUUUUAUAUAGCUGCAUGCACUCUAGCUCCAUGUACAGGAUUUAGAAAUUAAUAUGUUUUGUAUUGUUAUAUAUCAGCAAAAGAGGAAAAUCAAAUUGAUAUAUGUUUAGGGGCAAUGUCACACCUGUACACACCUUUUGAUUUUGAUAAUUAAAAUAUAUGCACACAUGACUUGUGUGAGUCUCAGUUUUUAUGUCCGAGAAAUCCAGAUAAGUCCUCAUUGAAAUUUAGGAUUGUGAUCUCUCUUAAGAAAACAAAUAUGCAGUUGGUUUGUGUAUAAGGAAAUACAAUUUUUCCCAUUGUUACUGAGGUAUAUAUAUAUAUUUUUUCCUCUAUUUUUUUCUUCUUUUUUUUUCCUUUUCUUUUUCAUGUAUUUUAUGCUUUAUUUUCAUUGUGAUUAUUCUUUUCCAACACACAUUGAGGAAGUGCGAGAUGUUUUAUAGAUUGAUGUAAUGUGUGCAUACUGUAUUUUUCUUUAGUUGUUGUCUCUAGAAUUGAUGUGAUAGCAAAUUUUCCAAGAUUUUUAAAGAGCAGAAUUGAGUCAUGCAAAAUUCCCAUUCCAGUGUGUAAUGGACAAUCAUAUUCACAAGUAAAAAUUUUAAUAAUGCCAAAGAAAUGAGCAUAGUUUAUUGAAACUUCAGUUAUUAGAUCAUCCUUUAAACGAUUAUUUUUUAUUAUGAUUCUUAUUAUUAUUAAUACUUAUUGUUGGUUAUUAAUAUGUCACUAAAUGGGUAGAGAUAAUAUGGAUGAACAUUAAUUAUGUUGAAUGUGUGAAGAAGCUUGCUUUGUCAUAGAGGAACUCCUUGUAUAGAAUGUAUAAAAUUUAUUUAUAUAAUAAUAACUUAAUACCUUAGUUUCUCAGGAUUUGUUUAUAUAUUUUCUCCCUUAUAGCAUAUCCACUUCUAAGAUGCUUUAGCCUUUGAAAGUACCAAAAGACAUUGUGUAUUGCCACAGUACAGUAAACGUAUUUAGGAAACACUUUUACGUUAAGAAUGGUAAGAAAACAUAGAUACAUGUAUAGGAAUUUUGCAAUUGCUCAUAAAUGCAACUUGUUCUUGGGUUUCUUUGGUGUCACGGAAUGUGUGUUGACAAUUAAAAAAAACUUGUCAUUUGGGACGAGGAUUUCCCCUCUUAAGAUAUCCCAUUGCUAGAGCUAAGCCAUUGAAUUUAGCCGCCAGUUGAUGGGAUACCAACACACAUCAAGUCGUUUUGAUGUUGUCAUUUAGUGGAAAAAAAGAGAAGAGUUUGUUGGUUGUAAUUUUUUAUAUUAUUCAUGUGGAAAACACCCCAGUACUUUUUUUUAUGGAAGUUCCCAAAUAGAGGUAGUAGUUGAUACAAGGCAGUAGAACCUUCAAAAUUGAGCCGUAAAAGUUCCUGCUGUUGACCGAUUGGAUUGUCAUGCUAGUAAAUUGUUUCCCCUCGUGGCUUGGUGGGCGGUUCUGCUGUUUCUGGAUUUUAUAUACAGCAAGAAUGUGUGUCCUUGUACAUUGUGAUACAUUGUUGUUAUUUGAUAUGUGAAAUCCGUCUUACCUGAGGCUUGUGCGUUGAGUUCUGUGCUCUUUUGUAAUGGUAUGUAGUGAAGCCAGGAGUUGGGUGUGAAAGGCUCCUAAGGACUCUUUAGUGUCAAAACUCCAAGUAAUUCUGAAAUUGUCAUGUUGAAUGUUUGUCACAGUGUACAGCAAGACAUAUGUCAAUGAUUAGUUUAUUAGUUCAGGUGUUCAUGUACCUUUUUUCUCUCUUUUCAUUAUAUAUAUAUUACAUUACUUUACAAUGAAGAAGAAAUUCUCAAGAGAAAACUGUAUUUCAGACAUAUACUAGCGAUGAUUACUUUUGCAAAAUCCUCUCUUGUUUCUAGUGCAUAUGUAUUCACCCUACAGUGCUAUCGUGUCUCAGACUCUUUGGAAUACUAUUCACAGGACUUCACAGUCUGUUCAUAUAGCAAGAAGUGCAACACUUGUACAUUUGCGUCUGGGCGUGUUUCUGUGUGUUUGCAUACGUGAAUGCUUGUGCUCAUUGAUGUGAGCGCAAAUUUGUUUGAUAGAACAGUUAACAUUUUUUUCAAGGCCAUGAAAUGGCAUAUACCUUUUGUGCAUAAUCAUCUGCCUUGUUAAAAACUGAUAACAUAAUUCAUUUGGAAAUGACAAACAUUAAAGUUGAUAUAUAUACUUAACACAUUCUCUUCAUAUACUCAUAUAUUCAUAAGCACAUUCCUCAGAAGUUCUGUUAGUAUAUAUAUACUCUGUUCAGUUUACAUUAAUCUGCUAGAUAAUAAAAAAACAAAAACAGAAUACAUAUUGAUAGGCAGACCUCUACUUAAAAUGAAAAUGGAAGGCAAUAUGUGCCUGUAUGACAAGGCUUUGUGUUGAACUUCCCAUAUCUCAAGCCAGGUGAAAACUAAGUUGUGAUGGAUUGUUUUCUCCCUCUACACACUUUUUAAAAAUAUAAAUACAAGAAAAAUUAUCCUGAAAAAAUAAUAUGCUAUAGAUUGAGGUUGCUUUGCAAAAUACUGUGGUGUAUUUGUUACCAGUAUACAUUGUUAAAGUAAGAUAUGGGAUAGUUGAUUAGCAAAGAAUAGAAAGAAACUGAGAAUGAUAUUAAGAGAGCUUAAUAACCUUAAAGCUUUUAGAAGCAUGUAAUAAAUUUUCUUUGGGAUUUAUAGUUUUUGCUCAUUAGAAAAAAAUGAAGUUCCCCUGUAUUAAGGAGCAUCAAUAGAUAAAAGUAUGCAGUAUAUCAUACAAAUGAUGUAAGAGUUCUGACCUGUAGUUCACACGUACCGAAUGUAGAUAAGAUACUCAGCCUCUGAAUAAAGAGUGACCAUCAAGUCUGCCUCAGAGACUCAUACAGCACACGACACUUGAGCUGAAAGUGACGUCCUGGCUGAAUAUGUUCAGAAAAUCCUUUUACUCCGAUGUACCACUGAAACAUUUCUCAUACUAUCGUUAUGUGUAAGCUUUGCACUGUACUUGUUAUGUAUUGUUAUCAUAUUCACAUUGCCACAUUAUACGGUAAGUGGUGUUAUACUCUGAACUGUAUAGUAGCAUUCCCCUAUGCUCUAUAUAUCUGUAAAAUAUAUUGGAUAGAGCAUAUAUGCAUUGUACAUAAAAUGGUGUUGUGUUAUAUUGAUUUUUUUUCUUUUCUUUCUUUCUUUUGCGAUGCAGUUAAAUAAAACAGUGUAGUUGUGAAUGCUUCUUUACUUAAUGUAAGAAAUUCAGAGUAAAUAAAUUAUAUAUUAUGACUGAUUCUAUUCAUGUCCAUUGAUUUGCCUUUGAAUACUUUCUGUGAAAUCUUUAAAUAUAAAACAUAAUAAAGAGAUUGAAUUAAAUAAAAUUGAUAGAGUAUUGUUUGAAUAUAUUUGUGCAUCUGCUGGUUCUACAUCUGUACAUAUGUUUCUUUGGGUAUGUUUAUAUCAUCUCUCUGUCUGUCAGUCUUAUAUAUGAGUGUAUGUCUGUGUGUCUGUGUAGAUAAUAGAUAUUCACAGGAUGCAAAAUGUCUCCAUGUGGAGGGCUUUUGCCUUUCUUAAAUUAAUAAACUUAUCAGUUA